AUGGUUGCCAGGCGGAAGUGUCAGCGGUUGCUAGGGAGGCCGGCGGCCCGGAAGUGGAAGAGGGGCGCUUCCGGGUCAGGGGACGCUGCGCCGGGCGGAGGAGGAGGAAGAGGGAGAGGAGGCAGUGGAAGAGGAGGAGGAAGAGGAGGCAGCAGUGGCCGUUCAAACAAGUCUCAACUUGGUGGAAAUAGGAAAUGUUCAACCAAAAUUUGGGACGAUGGAGAUGAUUUUUGUCUCUUCGAGGAACCAAGGCUGGAAUCCAGAUCAAAUGCCCCUGCCAGAAGAGGAGGGCAAACGAAACAGAGACCUGAAGCGAGAAUGCCUCUGCAGACCAUACACAUGACAUCGGAGAAUCAGAGAAGAGUGAAAGAACUUCUUCAAGAGCUUCAAGGGCAGGAGCUGGCUCCUGAAUCAGAAGUAGCUGGUUCUGUUGAAGACGAUGAUGAACCUGAUUACCUUGAUGAUGAACAGUGCUGGUCAACAGAUCAGGAAGUUUCUGAUGUAAUACCAAGGUCGUCUGCUGAGCCAGCUGAGCACAGAAUUGUGGAAAGUGAAGUGUCUUCAUUUGCUGUGCACAAACUCUCCAGGUAUGGUUUUGACAGUGAGUGUUGUAGGAGAGUACUGAGAUCCUGCAAUGGUAAUAUUGGAGCAUCAUUGGAGUAUUUGCUAUUGCAGUGCUUUACUGAAAGAUAUGGAGAGAAGAUGCAGGUUUCUGCAACAGCUGCUGAAGCCAGUCAAGAAGAAUGUUUAGAACAGAGGCAAGAAGAGGCUUUUGCCCUCCGGUCAAUCUAUGGAGAAAAAUUUAUAGAAAGAAUUCAAAACCGUGUUUGGACUUUUAGUUUGGAAUUGGAGUACCUAGCAAACAGGCUCAGCAAAUCUAAACAAAAGGGUGGUUGUACUAGGGACACAGAAAAGCAGACUUCAAAGGAAAUAUGUAAAUUUUAUCUCCAAGGAGGCUGCAGGUUUGGUUCAAAAUGCAGAUUUGGACAUGAAUUCCCUCCAAACCACCCACUGAAACCAGCCAGGAACUCUGUAGAUGAUGCUCAUCUCAGACCUAACAGUGAUGGUCCUGUAUAUGAACUUGAAGUAAGAUUUCCUGAAGAAAACAAGUAUCCACUCCAGGCACCUCUUGUGGCAUUUUAUUCCACCAAUGAGAAUCUACCUCUUGCUUGUCGUUUACACAUUGCUGAAUUCCUCUUUGGAAAGGCCUUGAUAGCUGCAGAGUCUAAUGAACCAGUGGUGUAUACCUUAGUGACUUGCUUAGAAGAUGAAUCUGAAAUAAGCGAGUUACUUAAAAAUACUUACCACAAGUACAGUGUUCCUCCUAUGACCCUGCUGGCAACACCUUCGGUAAAGCUGCAGACAGAGAGUACAUCUGGUUCAAAUCGAAUGUCUGAAGCCUCAACAGUGUCAGAGCCUCAGGAAGAAGAGGAGGUGGCAGAAGAGGAGGAGGAAGAUGAGCCUGAACAAGUUGUUGUGGAGAAUGAGAGUUACGUGAACCUCAAGAAAAAGCUUUCCAAAAAGUAUGAUGUGCAGGCAAAGUCUCUGUAUAACGAAAAUGUUAAAAUCUGCACACAAUUUCGGCUGAAAAAGUCUUCUAGGCGCUUCCAGUCCAUGUUGUAUGAAAGACAGAAGCUCCCUGCAUGGCAAGAGAGGGAAACCAUUCUUGAUUUGCUGAAGAGCCACCAAGUUCUUGUUGUGAGCGGCAUGACGGGAUGUGGGAAAACCACUCAGAUUCCUCAGUUUAUUUUGGAUGCUUCAUUGCAAGGAUCUCCAAGCAGAGUUGCAAACAUCAUCUGCACUCAGCCUCGCAGGAUCUCUGCCAUUUCUGUGGCUGAACGUGUAGCCAAAGAAAGAACAGAAAGGAUUGGACUCACUGUUGGAUAUCAGAUCCGUCUAGAAAGUGUAAAGUCCUCAGCUACCAGACUUUUGUACUGCACUACUGGUGUUCUGUUGAGAAGGCUGGAAGGAGAUCUGACUUUGCAGGGAAUCACACAUGUUAUUGUUGAUGAAGUUCACGAAAGAACAGAAGAAAGUGACUUCUUGCUGCUGGUUUUGAAGGAUAUAAUGGUUCAGAGGCCAGACCUGCGCAUUAUACUAAUGAGUGCCACCUUGAAUGCAGAACUUUUUUCUCAAUACUUUCACUCCUGUCCAAUUAUUAACAUACCAGGUCGAACAUUUCCUGUGGAUCAGUUUUUUCUGGAAGAUGUGAUUGCAAUGACAAGGUAUGUUUUAGAGGACAGUAGUCCUUACAGGCGCAAGACAAAGCAAGAAAACAAACAGAAUGGAAGACACAAAAGAACUGCAUUUGAAGAAGUAGAGGAGGACCUGAGACGUGCUGGCCUUCUGGAAGGCACUGACACAGUUGUCAGAGAUUCAGACCCAGACCAAAAAUUAACUCUGAAGCAGCUCCUUACACGAUAUAAAGGGGUUAACAAGACGGUGUUGAAAACAUUGUCUGUCAUGGACUUGGACAAAGUUAAUCUGGAAUUAAUUGAAGCCUUGCUGGAGUGGAUAGUUGCUGGCAGACAUUCAUACCCCCCAGGUGCUGUGUUGAUAUUUUUGCCUGGUCUAGCAGAAAUCAAGAUGCUUUAUGAGCAGCUCCAGUCUAAUGCUCUUUUUAAUAACAGGCACAGCAAGAGGUGUGUUGUUUAUCCGCUUCAUUCUUCACUGUCUAGUGAAGAACAGCAGUCUGUGUUCCUCAGGCCUCCUGCAGGAGUUAUCAAAAUCAUCAUCUCUACAAACAUUGCAGAAACAUCUGUCACCAUUGAUGAUGUGGUCUAUGUGAUUGAUUCUGGAAAAAUGAAAGAGAAAAGAUACGACCCAAGCAAAGGAAUGGAAAGUCUGGAAGACACAUUUGUGUCCAAGGCCAACGCUCUGCAAAGGAAAGGGCGAGCAGGCCGUGUAGCCUCAGGCGUCUGCUUUCAUCUUUUCAGUAGCCAUCACUAUAGCCAUCAGCUUAUAAAACAGCAGUUACCAGAAAUACAAAGAGUGCCCUUGGAGCAGCUUUGUCUAAGAAUUAAGAUUCUGGAGAUGUUUUCUGCACAGAGUCUUCACUCUGUCUUAUCACGACUAAUUGAGCCCCCUAGAACUGAGUCUUUGCGAGCGUCAAAGCUGCGACUACAAGACUUGGGAGCAUUAACUCCAGAUGAAAAGCUCACCCCUCUGGGAUAUCACUUGGCUUCUCUGCCUGUUGAUGUCAGGAUUGGCAAGCUAAUGCUGUUUGGCACCAUCUUCCGCUGCCUGGAUCCUGCACUAACUAUAGCAGCCAGUCUGGCCUUUAAGUCACCUUUUGUGUCACCAUGGGAUAAAAGGGAAGAAGCAAACAAAAAGAAGUUGGAGUUUGCAGUAGGGAACAGCGACUACCUGGCUCUUCUCCAGGCCUAUAAGGGAUGGCGUUUGAGUAUUAAAGAGGGCUCUCAGGCAAGCUACAACUACUGCAGGGAGAACUUUCUGUCAGGAAGAGUUCUUCAGGAAAUUGCCAGUCUGAAACGGCAAUUCACAGAACUGCUUUCUGACAUCGGGUUUGUGAAGGAGGGAUUAAGAGCCAGGGACAUUGAGAAGAAGUGGUCCCAAGGAGGUGAUGGCGUAUUGGAUGCCACAGGAGAAGAGGCGAAUUCGAAUGCAGAGAACAUCAAGCUGAUCUCAGCUAUGUUGUGUGCUGCACUGUAUCCCAAUGUUGUCCAGGUGAAAAAGCCAGAGGGCAAAUACCAGAAGACCAGUACAGGAGUAGUCAAAAUGCAACCAAAAGCAGAAGAGCUGAAGUUUGUUACCAAAAAUGAUGGUUAUGUUCACAUUCACCCUUCAUCUGUGAAUUAUCAGACUAGGAACUUUGAGAGCCCCUACCUGGUAUAUCAUGAGAAAAUCAAGACCAGCCGCGUGUUCAUUCGAGACUGCAGUAUGGUGUCAGUGUACCCGCUGGUCCUGCUUGGAGGCGGGCAGGUUCACAUGCAGCUGCAGAAGGGAGAGUUUGUCAUUUCUCUUGAUGAUGGCUGGAUACGGUUUGUGGCUGCCUCUCACCAGGUGGCUGAGCUGGUGAAAGAGCUGCGCUGUGAACUAGACCAGAUGCUGCAGGAUAAAAUCAAGAAUCCCAGCAUGGAUUUAUGCAUGUGCCCCCGUGGAUCUCGGAUCAUCAGUAUGAUUGUAAAGCUUGUGACCACGCAGUAACGUGAGAACGUCUUUCUGUACAGACUCACUGUUUGCUACUGCCUGAGAACAGACCAAGUAACAUCAGUCUCUCUAUGUACUUGUUGUCCCAAAACAUGGCACUGAUCUCUGGAAGACCAAGUUGGCAACUGUACUAUUGACAGGUUUUGGGGGGUUUUGGGGUUGGGUGGGUUUUUUUUCCCCCCCCUUUGUUUACAGAGAGCUCGCUUGUUGAAAAUAAGGUGGCUUACCGUACACUCUGGAAAAUGGCAAAUCUCCCAGAAGAAUAGAAACCUCCAUCUAAGAAAGUGCUUUUUUCAUGAGGCUAUACACUGGCAAUAGUGUUUUCUGGUCACAAAAAUGCCUGCUACCUAGCUGCUGCUUGUAAUAGUAAUGUCUGGAGGCAGCAUGUGACAUCAUAGGCUGCUCCGAAAUUGGUUUAAACUCAUUUCUACAUUUUGGCCAAGACUUUACUGAGGUAGUCGGUCUUGGCUGACCAGGGAUCAAUUUGCUUACGGUUCAACGCAACGCCCUUAAAAAGGUGAGCACCUUUUGAUUCACGUCAAGGGGUUCUGAAAUGGAUUUAGGGAGCAUCCUCUGGCGAGGAGACUGUACCAGAUCAGUUGGAGUAACGUGUUGGAUCAGUGCAGGCUCUUCUGGUUACAGCGUAAAACUGCAGGAGAGUGUGGAUGUUCCCCCUGAAAGCCAGGCUUUUCCAGCCCCCCCCUAUGCUAUGAAAAAGUAAAACAGAUGAGACGGACUGCUGUAGUGCAUUAAAAAUGGAUCCUUGGGUGGAUGGUAUUGCUCGCUGUUAACCUCCUCUGGUAGGUGGUGGUCCUCCUGCCACCCUGAACAGCUGAAGAAAGUCCCACUUUUGGGAACUUUUAGCCAAACUCCUGCUCUGGGGAGUGGACUGCUACAGAAGAGUGUGGUGAAAUGCCGCAGUAAUAAUGAACUAUUAUUACUUCUUCCCUUUGACAUGGCUUAAUUGCAGUGCUGAGCGUUGCUACAGCUGAGCUGCUUGAUGCACUAGCAAUUGCAAAUAAUAGCAAGUGCCUUAAAUAAAAAACUUUGCUGUCAUCCGUAGUAGUAAAACCAGAGUAAACACUGUCUCCGUGCCAGCCCUGCCUAGAAAUAGCCUCCAGGCUGAGGAACGAUGAGCAGAUGGAGGCACAUCGUUUGGGGACUAGUUCAAUUUGUCAGAAAAACCACACUUGAAUGUUUGUAGAAGCAGUUUCACAGCAACACACCCUUGCACGAGGAAGACGACAGGAGUACCAAGACCAACAUACCAGUGCAGUAGAAUGGUCUGCAGGUAUGUUGAGCUGCAGAAGGCUGAACUGUUCCCAUAGCUUAAUCUUGGUCAAUAGUGGCACCCUACCCCUCUAACUGUGCACCUACGUGCUUGGGAUUUUUUUCUCCUGAGGUUUAGUGAAGAGCUGUUAAGGCCUGGGGCGGGGCAUUAAAGCACUGCAGAAGUAUACAGAGCGCGUUGUCAGCCGUUAGCUCUGUGUGAAGCGGGACUGUGAGGUAUGGCGUUGCUUCUGUGUGUGCCUGGCAGCCAUGCCAAUAAGGGUAAGCAAAUAGUGUUUCUGUUCAGGUUGGCUGUGGAGUGAAAUAGGAACAGAUUCCAUUUUUCACCUCGGACUUCCGUACCCUUUCAAAGUGCUAUCCUCUUGAAUAAAUGACUUCUCAACCA